AUGCCUACCUGUUUGAUACACAAUGACACGACUGAUGGGAACUUAAACAGGAAGGGCGCCGAUGAGGGUCCAAGGGUCUGGUUUUUCGACUUUGACAGCUCUUUCACAGGCCAUCCUUUGCUUGAUGUUGACUGGGACAACCGGGAUAUCCUAGAGGUUUAUGCACAGGAAAUAGACAUAGCUGACGUUGACGGAUUGUUUUGGUUGAUUAGGAAAGUAUUCUUCAUGUUGCGCCGCUCGUAA